GUAAGGACCGAGGACUUCUGCGGGGCCCAGGUGAGAAAGACCCACCUGAGUCUUGGGUGAGGGUCUUCCGGGGUUCUUUGGGGGACAGAGGAAUCCUGAAACCAUGGAUCACCCACAUAAGCUUUGAGACAUUCUUUAGAUUUCUUCCUGGAAGCCCUGCAACUACCCUAAAAUUGAAUGUAUUGUAAAACAGACAUAUGGCAAAAAUAACAAUCUCUGUCUCAGCCAAGUGGGACUUCGAUUUUCUACUCAGACCUAUUUUCCUGUGCUGUGAUUUGCCCAGCCCUCUCAUACUUUCAGAGAAAAGGCCAGGCCAAUGGUGGCAGAGUCUACAUAGAACUAUGCUUCGUGGUGUUCUGGGAAAAACCUUCCGACUUGUUGGCUAUACUAUUCAGUAUGGCUGUAUAGCCCAUUGUGCUUUUGAAUACGUUGGUGGUGUUGUAAUGUGUUCUGGACCAUCAAUGGAACCAACAAUUCAAAAUUCAGAUAUUGUCUUUGCAGAAAAUCUUAGCCGACAUUUUUAUGGUAUCCAAAGAGGUGACAUUGUGAUUGCAAAAAGCCCGAGUGAUCCAAAAUCAAAUAUUUGUAAAAGAGUAAUUGGUUUGGAAGGAGACAAAAUCCUUACCACUAAUCCAUCAGAUUUCUUUAAAAACCAUAUUUAUGUACCAACAGGUCAUGUUUGGUUAGAAGGUGAUAAUUUACAGAAUUCUACAGAUUCCAGGUAUUAUGGACCUAUUCCAUAUGGACUAAUAAGAGGACGAAUCUUUUUUAAGAUCUGGCCUCUGAGUGAUUUUGGAUUUCUACGUGACAGCCCAAAUGGCCACAGAUUCUCUGAUGAUUAGCAAGCUUGAUUAUUGUUUCCUGUUCAAGUGAAUUUAUUACUGCAGUUGAAACCAUGUACUUACCAAUAAACUAUUUGCUGUUCAGUUUUAGAUAUUUUUGUUAAAUGUAAAGAAUAAGUAACACAUUCUGAAAACUCUGAGUUCAAAAUAUUUGUGUAAAAAUAUAUCCAAGGUCAGUGUUCCAUCUAAAUUUUAUGUUAGAUACAAAAUAUUGGGGGGGGGGUACCUGAAUGACUACCUCACUUGCAAAUUUUUUGUCUUGUAAGUAAAAUGAAAAUAAUCUCUUCUUGAAAGUGCCUUAUACUUCACUAGAGUAAGUAAGUCAGAACACUAAUUAUUCUUAUUUAUAAGUUCAAUCUGACAUCAGGAGUCCAUCCUAAAUAAAUUGCUUCUAAGUUAUAUGCUUGACCCACUCAUUUGAAGUUAGUUUCAGUUAUUCCAUUAGAGAGUCUAUAAAUGAGUUCUGAUUUAUACUGUACAAAGAAUAUUAAAUAUAUAGAAAAAUAAAUCUUUAAGGGUAUGACAUUAUAGGCUAUUAUAGUCAAUAAUACUUUAUAAAGUCCAUCAUACCAGCAAUGAAAUGGUUCCUUAUUCACAAAUAUGGCAAUUAAUACCAAAUUUAAAACACCCUGAAAUAAAAAGGAAAGGGAUGUACCAAUUUCAGACUAUGUUUUAAAGCUUCCCUAUCCUAAAUUAUACUCAAAGUUGAAGAUGGUGGUGUUCAUAAGUUUUAGAAAUAGAAGUCCAGGACUGGAGCCAAGUCUUAUUCCAAAUCUGUUUUUCUAGUUAUCACUUCACAUUUUUUAUUCUUCAUAUUCAGCCUUCAUUAUAGGAGAACUGGGAUCACAUAUUGUUCACAGAGAUUCUAAUUUAAUUAUGAUGACACUAGAAUUUGAGUUAGGUGUACAACAGGCCUAUAACUUUAUCUACUAGGAACAUCAUCCAUUAGAGGAAUAUGACAAUAUUAUUUCCCAAUAAGAGAAAUUUAUGUUAAGGAAAAGAAAAUUCUUAUUUUUUUAUUAAGGAGAAAACAAAAAUUCUAAUAUGGGAAUUCAUAAAAUAUAAUUCAAGUCCUCUUUAUGGCAAUUUGUAAAUAUAGUUUAUAAGUACAUAUAAAUAACUACAUUAAUUUUUUAUUGAUCUAGGUGGUCUCUGCUUGAUAAUUUUUUAAUUUCUUUGCAAAUAAUAGGGAAGAAAAAAGAAUUAAUUUCCUUGAUGCUUGAAUGGCCUCUCCUCAUCAUGUCUGAAUAUACAGUUGAAGGAUUCUAAUAGUAGUCAACAAUUUUAACUGUCAUGAAGUAGUUCUAUAAUUAGUGAACAUGUAUCACAAGAAA